AUGAAGAUUUUCAGAUCGUUGCGGCCGUCUGCCGCGUUCUAUCUCUGCGGCUCCUCGCCGGUGGAGUACGCCACCGCCAGUUCCCUCGAGAACUCCGUAGUCGAGUCCGUUCUCGGCUCCCGAUGGGACGCGGUGGAGGCAGCCGUCCCAGCUCUCACCCCGCCGCUCGUAACCACCGUCAUCCGGAGGCUCCGCCCGCACCCCCGCCUCAUCCCUACCUUCUUGCAGAGGAUCGGCCUCGACCGCCUCGAGCUUUCCUCUCUCUCCGCCGCUGCUUCCGAGCUCGCGGGCCUCGGUGAGGCGCUCCCCGCGCUGGACCUCCUCAAGCAGGCCAUCGCCGGCGGGAAGAUCCAGAGCGGCCCCGAACUCUUCGAAUCGCUUGUCGCUGCCGCCAUGGAGUCGGCGGAUGGCGCUCUGCCGGUCUUCGAGCUCCUGCUCAGGGCCCUCUGGGAGUCCGGCAAGCCUGAGGAGGCGCUAGAGGCCUUCUACUUCGUGAAGGAGACCGGCGCGCGGCCGAAGAUCGAGAUCUGCAACGGCCUGCUCAGCGCCUUCCUGAGGACGAACAGAUUAGGGAGCGCGUGGCGGCUCUACGCAGAGAUGUUCAGGAUGAAGAUCCAGUCGAACACCGCCACGUUCAACAUCAUGAUCAACGUGCUCUGCAAGGAAGGGAAGCUCAGGAAGGCGGUGGCCUUCCUACAGAUCAUGGAGUCCUCCGGCGUCCGGCCGACGGCCGUGACCUACAACACCAUCAUCCAUGGCCACUGUGAACGGGGGCGAGUCGAUAUCGGCCUGGAAAUCCUGGACUCCAUGAGGGAGAAGGGGAUCAGCCCCGACUCGUACACCUUUGGGAUCCUCAUAUCGGGGCUCUGCAAGCGUGGGAAACUCGAGGAAGCUUCGGCCAUGUUCUCCGAGAUGGAGGAGAGCAGCGCUGCGCCGACCGCGGUCACCUUCAACGCGCUGAUUGACGGCUUCUGCAACAAGGGGGAUCUGGAGACUGCGUUCGCCUACCGUACGAAGAUGGAGGCGAGGGGCAUCGAUCCGACGGUCGCCACCUACAACAUGCUCCUCCACGCCUUGCUCAUGGAGAGGAGGAACGCGGAGGCGGAUCGUCUGGUCGAAGAGAUGGAGAAGAAGAAGCUCGCCGCGGACGCCGUCACGUACAACAUUCUCAUCAACGGGUGCAGCCGAGCGGGGAACGUCGAGAGAGCCUUCCACCUGUUCGAGGAAAUGUCUGCAAGACGGCUCCGACCCACGGCGGUGACCUACACCUCCCUGAUCUACGGCCUCUCGCGGAGGAAGCGGGUAGAGGAGGCCCACAGACUGUUCCGGGCAGCCAUCGAGAGCGGCCUCGCACCAGACGCCGUCAUGUUCAACGCCCUGAUCGACGGCUUCUGCAGCGGCGGCAGGCCGGAGAGGGCCUUCGAGCUGGUUGCGGAGAUGGAGCGGCGGCAUGUCACCCCGGACGAGAUCACUUUCAACUCCCUGAUGAGGGGGCUCUGCCUGGCGGGUAAGGUCGAGGAGGCCCGAAAGCUUCUGGAGGAGAUGAGGAAUCGGGGGAUCGAGCCUGACCAUGUCAGCUACAACACGCUAAUCAGCGGGUACAGCCGGAGGGGGGCGGUGGGGGACGCCCUGCGGCUGCGGGACGAGAUGCUACACCGGGGAUUCAACCCCACCGUCCUCACCUACAACGCGCUGAUCCAAGGGCUGAGCGCCGGCGGGGAGGGCGACCUCGCCGAGGAGCUCCUGAGGGAGAUGUGGAGCAAGGGCGUCGGCCCAAAUGACGGCACCUACAUCGCCCUCAUGGAGGGUCUGGCAGGCGCCGGCGGCAGAGAGGUGACGGCUCCUCCGGCAUAA